AUGGCAGAACUGGUUAUUCUCCCGCAAAAUGCUGACCACGAGCCCACUCCGCAGGGUCGGAGGCGGCCCCGUGCUCUUAAUACAAUAAUCGAGGAGGAGAACGAGGACCACGCGUCGCCCUCCCGGUCACCAUUCAUGAGGAGGAAGAUUGCCAGGGACAAGGCUGCAGACCAGGAAAGGCUUCAGGCAUGGUUGGCUCCCCUCGAUGCGAUAUCCAGCGAAGACCUGCCGACCCCAAGGGCCUUCCCUACCCCAAGGGGCUUCCACUUCAUGACCGCACCAACACUGCCAUCCUCACCCUCGUCGGCCUCGGCCUCCGGUGAGGAGGGCAGCUCACAGAGCUCGUCCUCUCGAACCAACUCUUGGAACAGGAAGAGUGUCAUGACCGAUGUGACCGAGUUUGACGAUCUGUACGGGGUAUCUGACGAGAGCGAACCUGAGAUCGAGUCGAUGAGAGCGCCAAAGAAUAGGAAGUCAAAAGGUCCUAUGGUUCCCCUGAAGGCACCAUCCAACGAGGCCAGAAAAGCACUGCCACAACUAGUAAUUCCGGGUGGACACCAGCUGAACAGUGUCAAGUGGUCGCCAAAGCACCAAGAGUUGAAGAAGACACUCGCAUCGCCGAUCCCCCCAACACCUCCUUCCGCUGUCGCCAUGUCUCCAGCCAUGUUGUCCUACAUGCAGGCUCAGCAAGCUCAACCCAUACCGACCAUCUCGGCACCACCAUCGCUCGACGGCUCCCUAGAUGGCAGCCUCACGUCCGAACAGCUGGCGAACAUGUCGGCGCCUCCUACUCCAGUCAUGGGUAACGAGGAUGCCGAGGAUAAUGGGGACUGGACCGGAAUUCACCUUCAACCUGGUGCCUUGGCCACUCUACAGGCCUUGUCUGGCCCCGAGGCAGAUGAGGAAGACCGGCCGCAACACGAACAAGCGAUCGACGUCUCCAGGGAGCCAAUGGUAGAGUCAAGACCAGCACCACCUCGUCUCAUCACCAGGAAUCUGCCGAGGGCAACGAUCAUGCUCUCACCAGCUCAACAGAGGUCUCUGACUGGUCUGACCAAGCUAGACAUACCUUCACCAGGAGGUUUCUUCUCCGGCCUCUCCCCACGCACUCGAACGACAUGGCACCUCGAAACCCCACCAGCAGACGAUGUUGCACCCCCGACGUCAACGACAGCUGAGCAAUUCUACAGGGUUCCGUGGAACAUGGCCGCCGCGCCUGUGAUGCCGCCUCCACCAAGACUGGACCAAAUUGACCGACCGCUCCGUAUCACCAGCGGCAACUUGUCGACUUCACCCGUCGAGCAGGUCGUAGAGAUGCCAGAGGCGGCUGAGGAGGAGAUCCAGACAGCGAAGCGAGUCCAACAGGAGCCCGUCACUGCGAGGAGAAUUCCCCCCUCGCAACUGCCAUCCUUUCCCGAGGGCGACGAGGACGUUCAAUCACCAAGAUCACCCAAGGAAGAAGACCAUGUAAAAGAGAUCGUGGUCGACUACGACCCAAACUACGCCCGAAAGCAGCAAGAAAUCUCUGCGUCACACCUCAACCGUACCGAAGUUUGGCUCCGGGCGCAAUUCGCGUACCUGAGAGGCGUUGGUUUUGAGUCCACGGAAGCGGAAGCAGAGACGGAGCCAGAGAAAGCCGCAGUCAAGACAGAGAAGUCACAAGAAACAUCAGAGGACUCAGACAAGUUCCCAACGACUCCGCCCAAGGGAUCCGUCUUGAAGACAGCAAUUUCCGCGGCCUCGCCAGCAGCCAAGAAGUCGGUCCGCUUCUCAAACCGACUCACAUUCGCACCGGCCGAGGGCGACAUUCCAAGGAACCUCCCCUCCAAGCUCCUGCGGCAAGAGUCGGCCUUUUACCGGGCUUUCCAACUCAUGACUGUGCGCUCCACUCGCGCCGACGUUUUCGUACACCGUAUCCCUCGCUUCGAGGCCCUACAAGCUGCGCGCAUCUCGCUUCGCGAACAGCACCGCGACCGUCUCCUGGGCAAGUACCAGCUCUCAGUGGUCCCCCAGUCUGCCAAGAAGCGAAUGAGCGCCAACGUCGCCCGCGGUGAUGACGAGGUGUUCGAGGACCCGGAGAAGAUGCGCCUCGACAAGGAGGCCGAGGCUCUGAAGCAGAUGGCCAACGCCAACUGGCAUGUCGCCGCCACCAAGAUGCUCAACGGCGGCAGGCUGGUGUGCGCGCCGGUGCACAAGCGGCUGGCGAGGCUCUCGCUCGCCCCUAGCAAGGGCCGCCGCGCGCCGCGCAACCGCCUCCGCAUCCUUGACCUGGGCGGCCAGGCGGCGUGCGACUGGGCGUGGCACGCGGCGUUGCAGUACCCGAACGCCAAGGUCUACACCGUCACCACCAAGGCCAUCCGCCAGCUGUCCAACUCCAACAUCCGCGGGCCGCCCAACCACAGGCAGGUGGCCGUCAACAACCUGGGCAGGCUGCCCUUUGCGGACGACCAGUUCGACGUCGUCUCGGCCCGGGAGCUGCACAACAUCCUCCGCUCCUCUGACGUCGCGGACGCCGAGGACGAGUGGGACCGCUGCCUCCGUGAGGUCAUGCGCGUCCUCAAGCCGGGCGGCUACGUCGACUUCAACGUCAUGGACUCGGACAUCGUCAAUGCCGGGCCCCUGGGCCUCGCCAAGAGCGUUGAGUUCGGCUUCACGCUGAAGACGCUGGGCUACGACCCUGCGCCGACGAGGUCAUUCCUCCAGCGCCUGUCGCGCGCCGGGUUCGAGGACGUCCGCCGCGGGUGGACCGUCCUGCCCCUCGGCCCGAAACCCGCCGUGAGGCCUGGCCCCGUCCGCUACGGACCCAACGGCCCGGAGCCCUCGCCCCCAGCGGGCGGCAAGACUCUGUGCCUGGACGCCAUGGCGCCGGGGAGCCUUCCUGGGAGCACGGACGCCGCGGCCUCCGUCGCGGGCGUCGCGGGGACGUGGAGCUGGGAGCGCUGGAUCCUGCGAUGCGAGAUGGAGAAGGCGGCCGGCGAGGCGCACAGCGGCUUCCAGCUCGCCGACACCGUGACGACGGACGGCGGGGCCAUGAGGGAGGCGGGCAAGAGCCUCGAGGGCGUGCACGCGGUCGUCGAGGAGGGACGGGCCUGCGGGGCCGGCCUGAGAGUGCUCAAGGGGUACGCCAGGAAGCCCGAGAGGUCUGUCACGCAGGAGGUGUUGGACGUGCUCGAGUGCCUCGACGUGACGGACUACUGA